AUGUCAAAGAGCUGGCUACGCCAAGGCAUCAACAGGGUGACUCGAGUACUGUCAAGAUCGGAACCAAAGAAUCAAUCAGACUUUCCAAUUCUCGAAGGCCACCCAGCUGCACAACAACAUGCAGAAAUAGCUCUUGACACUCAUGCCACUGUUAAAACUAACAUCAAGAAGCUGGUCAAGGAGUUCAGGAUUUAUCGAUGGAGCCCCGACCACCCCACCAACAAGCCCUUUCUCCAAAGUUACUUUGUAGAUCUCUCCGAUUGUGGCCCCAUGGUUUUGGAUGCGUUGCAGAAGAUAAAAGCAGAGAGUGAUUCUAGCUUGAGCUACAGGAGGUCAUGCAGGGAAGGGAUAUGUGGAUCGUGUUCCAUGAACAUUGAUGGGACUAACACUGUGGCAUGCCUCAAACCCAUUGAUGGAGACACCAGCAAGCCCACUAUAAUUACUCCUUUGCCUCAUAUGUUUGUCAUCAAAGAUCUUGCUGUUGAUCUCACCAAUUUCUACCAGCAAUACAAAACGAUUGAGCCAUGGCUUAAGACCAGAAAGCCGCCCAAGGAUGGGCGAGAGUACAGGCAAUCACCUGAAGACAGAAAGAAGCUAGAUGGUCUAUACGAAUGCAUAUUAUGCGCUUGUUGCACUACUUCAUGCCCUUCCUAUUGGUGGAACCCUGAGGAAUUCCUUGGACCUGCAGCUUUGUUCAAUGCUUAUCGAUGGAUCCGCGACAGCCGGGACGAUUUCACGGGCGAGCGAUUGCAAGCGUUGACAGAGAACCAGAAGAGAUUAUACAGAUGCAGAACGAUCAAGAACUGCACAGCAACAUGUCCCAAAAGUUUGAAUCCUGCAGAUGCCAUUAACAAAAUGAAGACUAAGCGCUUGCUUUCUCAACCAGUAAAAUGGCUUGAAAGCAUGUAA